AUGGCAGCAGGAAGAACGUUUCAAAGAGCACUUGAGGCUGCUCGUGAUGAUGGCCCGCCUCCCGCUGUUGAUAAGGACAUGGAAGCGUAUGCUGCAAGGAAAAUAAAAAAGGUUACGGCGGAAGACAUUGGCAGGGCAGGCGGGGUGUACGUACCGCCGUUCAAGUUGGCGAGGCUGCAGCAGAAAACGGACGAUACCAAGAGUACAGCUUACCAGCGUCAAAUGUGGGAAGCGCUCAGAAAAAGUAUUAAUGGGCUCGUCAACAAAGUGAAUAUUUCAAAUAUCACGCAACUCGUUCAGGAGCUUUUCCGAGAAAAUCUCGUGCGUGGGCGGGGCCUCUUCUGCCGUGCCAUUAUUCGAGCGCAACUCGCAAGCCCAGGAUUUACGGCGGUGUAUGCGGCGCUGCUCUGCAUUGUCAACAGCAAACUGCCGGAUAUUGGCGAGCUCGUCAUCAAGCGUGUCAUUCUGCAGUUCCGGCGCGCAUACAGACGAAACGACAAAAUCGUGUGUAUGGCGUGCGUGGAAUUUUUCGCUCAUCUGGUCAAUCAACGCGUCGCCCACGAACUGCUAGCGUUGCAGCUUUGCGAGCUGCUUCUACAGGAACCAACCAACGAUUCAGUCGAAGUCUGCAUUGGCUUUCUGAAGGCUGUUGGUCAGGUGCUCGAGGACGUGUGCAAGCCAGGAUUUGAUGCGGCUUUUGAGCGCCUUCGAGCUAUCCUCCAACAAGGCGAAACUGACAAGAAAACGCAGUACUCCAUCGAGGCACUCUGGGAUAUCCGGAGAAAUGGAUUCAAAGAUUUUCCAGGCGUUGUAGAUGAUUUAGAUCUGGUUGAAGCAGAGGACAAGAUUACGCAUGAAGUUGACUUGCUUGAUACCUCUAUCAAGGGAGAGGAGAUGCUCAAUAUUUUCAAGGCACAGGAACCGGAUGAAUAUGAGGCAAAUGAGAAGAAAUGGAGUGCUCUUUCGAAGGAAAUUCUUGGCGAAGUCUCAACAGGCUCUGAAGCAUCCUCGGAGGAUUCUGAGGAGGAGGCGUCAAGUGAAGAGGAGGAGGAGGAGAAGGAGAAGCAGAUUCAAAUUAAGGAUAUGACAGAUCAAGACAUUGUAAAUUUGCGCAAGACGAUCUAUUUGUGCAUCAUGUCGUCGCUCAAUGCCGAAGAGUGUGUUCAUAAGAUUUUAAAGAUGAACAUCCAGGAGGAUUUAGAGAUGGAGGUGGCAGUGAUGCUCAUCGACUGCUGUGCUAUGGAGAGGACUUUCCAGAGAUUUUUUGCGUUGCAAGCUGAGCGACUGGCCAAAUUAAAAGCAGCGUACUGCGAGUGCUUUCAGGAAGCGUUCAAACGGCAAUACGCGCUGGCUCACCGCCUCGAAACAGCCAAACUUCGAAAUACUGCAAAGUUCUUUGCGCACUUACUGACCUCAGACGCAGUACCCUGGAGUGUGCUGGAAGUAUUCGAGCUGACGGAGGAGGCAACCACAUCGUCUGGCCGUAUCUUCUUGAAGGUUUUGCUGCAAGAUAUGAGCGAGACUCUUGGCAUCCGAACGCUAAACGAUCGCCUGAUGCACCCAGAUAUGAAAGCAUACAUCAAGGGCCUCUUCCCUCAGGAUCAUCCACGCAAUGUGCGCUUCUGCAUCAACUUCUUUACGGCUAUUGGGUUGGGUGGGCUCACCGAUCACCAGCGUCAGCUGCUUGCAGAAAUGCAGCACCAGGCGCACUUGCAGCAGCAGCAACAACAGCUGGCGAACUCUUCCUCGUCCUCCUCCUCAUCGUCCAGCAGCUCUAGCAGUUCUAGCAGUUCUAGCAGCGAUACAGACUCUAGCGGGAGCAGCUCAGACAGCGACUGA